GUCGGUCAGUCUGUGAUGAAUUGUUGCUGUGAAAAUUUCCAUUUUUACGGGAAAUUGUAUGUCAGUAAUACAUACACUUAGGUUCAUUGUUUUUACAACCAAAAAUUAAUAAUUGAAUUCGCUGCUUAAAUGAGUAAAAUUUAAUUAUUUUAUUAAUAUGGUUUAAAAUAAUAUGUAACAAGUGCAAAGUGUUAUUUCCUCUUAUCAGUGGACAUCUUCAGUCAUAAGGGUAUUGCUUUUGGACAUUUCCUUUGAGCAUUUCAAUAUUAACAAUAUUAAGGCAAAAGUUUAAUUAUUUUUGAUUGGUUUAUAACAUUUUGUCAUUUUGGAGUUCAUUUACAAGAGAUCAGUCGUAUGCCUCAUAUCAAUCCUAGGAUGACAUCUCGAGUGUCCUCCUCCAUUUUUUUCACAGUGGAGGUGGGCGAUACUAAGUUCACCAUUCUGAAACGGUAUCAGAAUUUAAAACCAAUUGGAUCUGGUGCACAGGGGAUCGUUUGUGCUGCAAUGGAUACUAUUACUCAACAAAGCGUUGCAAUAAAGAAGUUAUCUAGACCAUUUCAAAAUGUUACACAUGCCAAACGGGCAUAUAGAGAAUUCAAACUUAUGAAAUUAGUUAAUCACAAAAAUAUCAUUGGUUUGCUAAAUGCGUUUACUCCACAAAGGACUCUAGAUGAUUUUCAAGACGUAUAUUUGGUGAUGGAGCUUAUGGAUGCUAACUUAUGCCAGGUUAUUCAAAUGGAUUUAGACCAUGAACGGAUGUCUUAUCUGUUAUAUCAGAUGUUAUGUGGUAUUAAACAUUUACAUUCAGCUGGAAUUAUUCACAGAGACUUAAAACCUAGCAAUAUUGUUGUAAAAUCAGACUGCACAUUAAAAAUAUUGGAUUUUGGAUUAGCGCGAACUGCUGGAACUACUUUCAUGAUGACACCAUAUGUUGUCACGAGAUACUAUCGAGCACCAGAAGUUAUUUUGGGCAUGGGCUACAAAGAAAACGUCGAUAUAUGGUCAGUAGGUUGUAUUAUGGGUGAAAUGAUUAGAGGAGGUGUAUUGUUUCCUGGUACUGACCACAUAGAUCAAUGGAAUAAAAUUAUAGAGCAACUAGGUACACCAUCACAAGAGUUUAUGAGGCGGUUACAACCAACUGUGCGUAAUUAUGUUGAGAAUAGACCACGUUAUCCCGGUUAUUCUUUUGAUCGUCUAUUUCCGGACGUAUUAUUCCCAUCAGAUUCUUCUGAACACAAUAAACUUAAAGCAAGCCAAGCACGUGAUCUUUUGUCUCGAAUGUUAGUGAUUGACCCAGAAAGACGUAUAUCUGUAGAUGAUGCGUUGUUGCAUCCAUACAUCAAUGUUUGGUAUGAUGAAAGCGAAGUUAAUGCACCAGCACCCGGACCAUGGGACCAUUCAGUAGAUGAACGUGAACACACUGUUGAUCAGUGGAAAGAGCUUAUUUACCAAGAAGUUAUGGAAUACGACCCCACAACAGCUGCAGCUGCUUCUGCUAAUGAACCACAACCGAGCCGAUAGGCCAAACAGGCAUUGUUUACCUCCGUCCACUGUCUGACAAUUAAGUCAUAAUAAUUUAGUUUUAAAAAAGUUUAGGUAUAGUCUUCCAUAAUUCAAAUUAAUUUAAAUUGUAAUUGUAAUAACCCUCCUUUUGAUGUAGACAAAAUUUCUGUAAAAUAAAGAAAUCAUUGUAUAAUUAUACUUUAUAAGUAAAUUUUUGAGAAAAAUGUCAAAAUUAAAAAAAAUAUUUUUAAUCAAAUUUUCUAUCUAGAAAAAUAUUUAAAACCAUAAAAUUUAACAAAUUAGAAAUUAACGGUUGUGAGUUUUUUGUGUUAAGUAGGAUAAUAUAAAAAUAAAAUAAGUUGCUCAUUGUAAAUAAAUAUAUACGUAUAUGCAUUUAUAUAAUAUAUUAUACGAGCAACUAUUUAAUAAUUGUAAUUAAGUUAAUUUAUACAUAUGCUGCCUUAUAAAAAGGUAAAUUCUAUGUAUGUGUAUAUAUCUACAUAUAUAUUAUACAAAUUAUAAAUAAUAGUAAUUAUUAUAAUUAUAAAUUAUAAGACCUAAAUUAUUCUAAACCUUACAGACUUUUAUAGGUUACAGUUUCUUGCUUGCAUGCCUAUAUUAAUUAAAAGGCAUAAUUAUCAUUGCAAUAUUGUAGUUGUCCUUAAAAGCUAAAAUACAUUUUUUUUACAAGUAUAAAAUCUGAUCUCAGUUAAUAUGUGAACAUUUGUUCGCUAUACUAUUAUAGUAAUUUUCUUUCAUGUCAAAAAAUUGUUUUGGUUUGUCAUUUUUUCCUAGUUUGAUUCCUUAAAUAUAUAAUAUACAUUUUUUUUAUUUACAUUUAAAAGUUACGUUUCUGUUACUGGUAGUCAUAAGAUAAACACGCACAGUUGUAUAGCAUCCUAAGGUCUGUAGGGAUAUCUAUUAAGAGUUUUUUUAGAUUAAUAAAAUUACAAAACUUGUAAAUUUGUUUUCAUAUGCAAUGACAUGAUAUUUGUAUGAUUAUCCAUGAAAUGUAAACAAUAUUUACUAUGAAAAAAAAAAAUAAAAAAUGUAGAUUAUAA